CAAAAGGACACUCUCUUUAGUAUCAUCGGCAUCUCUCUCUCUCUCUCUCUCUAACACUCCGACUUUCCCAUCAUUUUCACUCGCUUCCCCCUUCUCAUUCAGCAGAUCUCUCGCAGACUCGAUCACUCUUCCAUUACUCCAGAAUGCAAAGCCCUCGAAUUUGUUUCCCAGCGGUGUAGUUGAUCUGCGGCUAUUAAAUGCCUUUUGGGAACAUUUCUGAAAAUGGAAGACCGAAAAACUCUAGAUAAGGCUGGUCUGGUUUCCAAUCUAGGUCAAUCUCAAAAUCCAUGUGAUAAAACCCUAGAUGAAGCUACUGAAUAUUCUAGUUCGAGUUAUAAGUAUUCUGGGUCACUCCUGCUGUCUGAUGUUUCAGUUGGAGAAAAUGGUGGUGGGUUCAAUGUCCAAGUUUUGAGUCGGGGUUUUGAUAUCGAGAAAGGAAUCCAAGCUGUUGAGAGUGAUUCUGAAGAAAUUCAGAUAAACGGUGUGAAGAAUGCAGAUUUAUCGGUUCCAAAAGCAAGUUCAAAAGUUAACCGGAAUGUGCAGUUUUUAGUUGAGGAAACUGCAAUGGAGGAUGAUAUAAAAGGAAACAAUGGAUCACAAUUGAAUGAUGCUGUUGAUCAAAGUAAGAAGAUAGAAGUUUCUGGAAAUGGGUUUUCUCUAUUUGUGGAAGUUUUCGGUCCGCCCAAUGGGUUUGUACAAAGAGAUGAAGCGGUUUUUGGGGAAUUUGUAUCAACAGAGGAUGGGGUUUUUUUGUCUAGUAAUGAGGAAAACCCUAAGGCUUCAGAGAUUCACGAGUCCGAUCUUGGUGUGACACAAAAUGGCACCAUAGAUGUGUUCGGAGAACAUGAAGAAGCUAUUUAUAAUCAAGAAUGCGAGUUAUCUAUUGGUGAUCUUGUAUGGGUUGAAACCAAAACUCAGUCUUGGUGGCCUGGAAUGAUUUUCGAUCCUUCAAAUGCACCAAAGGUUGCUCCAAAAUCCGAUCAGAGUACUUGUCUCCUAGUCAAAUACUUUGGGCAUGGUGGUUAUGUUUGGUGCUCUCCAUUGCAGUUGAAGCCUUUCAUUGAGAACUUUGCCCAGAUGUCAGUACAAAGCAACUCUGUAAACUUCCUCAGUGCUGUAAAGAAGGCUGUAGAUGAGUUUGGUCGGCGUAUAAAGUUGCGGAUGACUUGUUCUUGUAAAUUGAAAGAAAAUCAAACCAUGCCCACUGCUCCAUUGGCUGGUAAUGGUGGAAAUCAGGAAAGAACUUCGAUGCCAGAAGACAAAAUGUGUGAUGAAAAUUCUGUAACCCAGUUUGAACCUGCGAAUUUUCUUGCAUAUGUCAAAAACCUUGCCCAGCAUGGUUCUAUGCCUGGAAUGCUUGAGUUUGCUGCUACCCAAAAUCGUUUGUCAGCCUUCUAUCAUUCCAUAGGGCAUUGCCAAGUGCCUAUGCAUCAACUUCGGGGAACAACUGAUUUUAAAGAUGGAGCUGAAGUUUCAGAAAGGAAGGUUGAAGUCAUGGCUAAGCUUUCCAGAACGGAGAAGAAUACUGUUCUUAAGAAAUGCCGGACUGAUUUUUCUGAAGGAGGAAUAAGCUCAACCUCUGGGAACAAAGAGGGUAACAAGGAUUCUGAAGUUAGAAAUGUAAGUGUUGAAGUUCCGGAUAUAGAUAUUUGCAAAUUGGCUUCUUCGUCUGCGGAGGAAAUGACCAACCUCUCAUUAUCUCCAACUACCAAAGUGAGCAAAGUUUCCACUAGAGCAUAUGAUGGAAGGAGUGGAGGGAAAUCUGAAAAAGUCUAUGAAACAAGAGAACGAAGGAGGAGCAAGUAUUUGUCGCCUCCGUUUGUAAACGAAAAUGAAACCGAAGAUGGUAAGGGAGUUUCUCAUGUAGUGCAGGACAAUAACAGCAUUGAUGGCCAGUCUGUGGGGUCCCCUCCAAUAAUUAACUGUAGUGGCAAGAAGGUACAGAAGAAAAGGUCCAAGAAAACAAUUUCUGAGAGUAAUACUUUUAGUAUACCAGGGGAUAUUAAUGCAUCUUCAGCAGAUAUGCUCUCGGAACUUGGUUUUGCAGCUCUAGAUUGUCUUUAUCCUGACAAAGAUAGAAAUUUCAGUUCGGUUGAGAGAUUCUUUUCUGGAUUCAGAAGACUGGUGUUUCAUGACGAGUCCAAGGGAAUGUCAGAAGAAUCUAAAGAACCCGAGGGAACUAAGCCUUCUGCUGCCACACCAGAUACAAAUACAAAUGUUGAUUGUCCUGGCUCAGUGGGUAACGACACACAUGAGAGGAACGUCCCAGUACCCAAUGUUACUUCCAAACGGAGAGUGGGUAGCAAGAAGAAAAUAGCAACUACGAGUUCAAAUACUAAACCUAGUCUUGUCUUUUCAGAUGUGAAUGGAAAUCCUACAAAUGGAUCUUUCAUAAUAAAUUUCCAGGAGCCUGACUGUCUUGCACCAGACGGUAAGUUGUUACCUAAGAAGAGAAAGAAGGCCGGAAGAACUCUAGAGCUUCUGCAGGAUAAAGUAGCAGUUGACUUGCCCGAUUUGAAUGGAAACUGUACUGCACCACGUUCAGUGAUAACAGAAGAUCCACAGGUGAGUGACCUCAUAGCACACCUAAACCCCGAACUAAAGAAGAGAAAGAGGAGUGAGGGAGCUGCUUCAGUGUGUUCGAAGACUAAAAGUAUUGCUGGCUUAGCAGAUGUGAAUGGAAACAAUGCUAAAGUUGGGUCAUUCUUGAAAGAUGCACAAGUAAUGGGUUCUUUUUCAACCCAAGAUAUUGCUAAGCAAAAUAAUAGGGAGGAGGGGAUGAAAGAAGCUGAUUCAUUCUGUCUGAAUAGUGUACUCACAGCUAACCAACCAGAUAUUAAUGGGAACAAUGCUGAAAUGAACUCAUUUGUCAAAGUUCCACAACAGAUGCUCUCUCCUGGUGGUAAACCCGAGCCCAAGAAGAGGAAGAGGAAGGAGAAAGCAGUUGUGGACGAUCCGAAGACGAAAGUUAGUUCUGCCAUACCAGAUUUGAAUGGAAAUGUUGCUGAACCUAGCUCUCUGGAGAAAAAUUUGCCAGAGAGAUCAACCCAGGUGAAAUCUACUCCCGCUGAAGGUAAACCCCAGCGCAAGAGGAGAAUAAGAAGUAAACCUGUUGCUUGGAUGCCAGAAAUCAUUGUUCAUAAUAAAGAACAGACAAAUGGAGAGGCUUUGGGGACUGCUCUUUUCUUGAAGUUUGAUCAGGGAUUUCCAGUGCCUUCGAAAGAAACUUUGGUUACUACAUUUUGUGGGUUUGGGCCAUUGAAUGAAUCAGAAACGCAGGCAUUGGGUGAUUCUGAUACUGCACAAGUUAUCUUCAUCAAUAGUUCUGAUGCUAGAAAUGCCUUUCGGAGUCUAGAAAAGAGCAAGCCCUUUGGGCCGGCCCUAGUCAAUUACCGUCUCCAUCUUUCAGCUGCUUCGAGGGCUUCAGAAGCAGAUACUAAUCUGCACGUGGCUGUGACCUCCCAGAGCCUGAAUGGAUUUAAGCCACCAGCAAAGCCUUAUGGGUUGAAAUCUCGUUCUGAAGAGGCACCUGACCUUUCUUAUAUAAGAAAGAACUUGGAAAUGAUGACAACAAUGCUGGAGAAGGCCGGGAAUAAUCUUUCACCAGAGAUGAGAGCCAAAUUGGAGAACGACAUAAAAGGCCUCAUGAAGAAGGUUAGCACCAUGGCUGGCUCAUCUUCCACCUCUUAGUUCAACAUGUAAAAUAUGGAUCUUUUUCUUAAAGUUGUUUACAAGGCUAGUGACCCUUGGACUUGGUAGACUUGGAUUGCUCUGAGUCACUUUUUUGUUUUUUUGUAUAAGUUAUGCUUUCUCUGUCUCUAGAUGUUCAUGUUAGAACUGAAAACUUUGUAGUUAAUUGCAUUGGGAGAGCAUAAGAAGCAAUGAAUUGUAAUUUAGGAAGCGACAUUGUGUCAUUGCUACUACUUACAAUGAAGCCGAAAACAAUCGGCCUGCUUCAUCAACAUCUGAUGAAUUCUUGAUGGUUCAAUAAGUAUAUCCUCUUUUGCUUUGAUUCUUUUGA